AUGCGCGGAAAACGUAGCAAGCAGUAUCGCAAGCUUAUGAACCAGUAUGCGCUGACCUGGGGAUUCCGUGAGCCUUACCAAUGUCUCGUUGACGCUGAGAUGGUGGUCGACUGCCACAACUUCAAGUACGAUCUGCUCGCUGGACUCGAACGGACGCUGCAUGGCAAAGUCAAGCCAAUGAUUACGCAAUGCGAGAUCCGCAAGCUGUACCUUCGCAAGAGCGAGCCCGAGAUGAAUAAGAUUAUCGAUUUCGCGAAGACCCUCGAGCGCAGACGAUGCGGCCACCUUCCGGAAGACUACCCCGAACCGCUCGGUACGAUGGAGUGUCUUAAGGCUGUCGUCGACCCCAAGGACAACCUCGUCAACAAGCAUCGAUACUGUGUCGCCAGCCAGUCGGCGGAUGUCCGCCGCAUGCUCCGCGAGAUUCCCGGCGUCCCUCAGAUCUACAUCAAGCGCUCAGUCAUGAUCCUUGAGCCCAUGGCGACGGAGAGCCAGGAAAUCAGGACCAAAGAGGAGAGGAGCAAGUUCCGCGACGGACUGGUCAGGCCCGAGAAAAAGAGAAAGCGUGAACACGAAGACAACGACGCCGAGAGCGAGAACGAAGGCCAGGAAGAUGAUGUCGCGUCGGCUGAUGGGAAGGCGGAGAAGAAGAAGGCCAAGAAGAGGGGACCCAAGGGACCCAACCCGUUGGCUGUCAAAAAGUCGAAGAAGGCCCAGGAGGAGGGCGAGAAAAAACCAAAGGGCGACAUCAAGUCCGCGGCAGCAGGAGAAGGAGGUGAGGGAGACGGGCCUUCGAAGAAGAAGCGCAAGAGGAGACACAAGGCCGGUGCUGGGGCGGGUGAGUCGGCGCCUCAAGGCGAAGGGUCGGCAGAGCAAGCUGUUGGAAGCCCGUAA